UGGAGGUACCGGAAAAGGAAGUUGAAAAGAGCGUUCGGCAGUUUAGGUUUCCUGUCACGGAACACCUCUGCCUUUAUCCAUCAAACGAGUCAGUAUUGAAAAUGAAAGUGCAGACAUGCACAACUAUGUAUCUGAAUACAAGAAAUCGGGUCUCAGACUUCAGACUUACAGAUUGCCUCUGUACAGGAAGGAUAACUGUGGAGAAAUGUGUCUGUCAUUGCGCUGGGCAGCCCUCCUCUGCACAGGGACACUUGUGUAUGGGUCAUAUUCAACCUUUGUCCACCUGUGUGAGGUGGACGGUAAAAUCCCCUUCAAUUCCUCCUCCGUAGUCCUGAUGAUGGAGUUUGGUAAGUUUUUGGUAUCGGCCAUCCUCCUGAAGGCCAGCGGUUGUGAAGUACACUUCCCCUCUCUAUCAGUGUGUCUUCCAUUCGCAUUACCAGCAGUCCUCUACUUCAUCAACAACAAUCUGGCCGUACACAUGCAGCUACAGAUGGACCCUGCUUCGUAUCAGGUAUUAAGUAAUUUAAAGAUAGUAUCAACUGCAGUAUUAUACAGACUCAUUAUCAAAAGAAAUUUAUCCCUUAACCAGUGGACUUCUGUUGGAAUUCUUACAUUUGCUGGCUUUUGUAAUAGCUAUGGUGGACUACAAGAUAAGGGGGAAGUGAAAACUGCUGGAGAUAUCCAUGUGACCGUAAUUGGUCUAGUCAUGAUGCUCAUCUACUGUACGGUUUCCGGGCUUGCUGGGGUCGUCACUGAAUACAUCCUCAAAAAGAACAUUGUGAUGUCUAUACAUUACCAGAAUAUUUUACUCUACAUGUAUGGAAUUAUCAUCAAUUUCUGUAGCUGGUUCUUCCAAGAAGUAGAUCUACCAGAAUCAGAGACCCAGUUCCACCUCUUCAGAGGAUAUAGUGUUUACACCUGGAUGAUUGUAAUAACACAGGUCACCAACGGUCUCAUCAUGUCGGUGAUCAUGAAGCAUGCCAGUAAUAUCACGCGUCUGUUUGUGGUGUCGUCUGCCAUGCUGGUGGCCACGGGACUCUCAGUCACGGUUUUCAAUACCAACAUCAACUCCUAUUUCUUGAUGUCUUUAAUUCUUGUCCUAGUCGCUCUAUGUUUGUACCAUAUGGAUAAGAAAUGACGAACAUUAUAACAUUGUUGUCGUUAUUGUUUAGUAUUAAGAUAUGUCUUCCAAAAUAUUUUACACGAACACUUGUAGAUAUUAAUGUCCAAAACGCAUUCUGUAUAGUGCUAAUAUUCUACAGAGGUUUAGAGUUAUUCUAUAAUUAUCACCUGAAAAUAUUUGUGAAAUAUAAACCUGUGAAUUUGUUGUCUCUAUAAUGGAGAGUUUGUUAGAACCUUGACUAUUUACUGUUACCCAAAAUCUAAACCUAUCAAAUGUCUUCCAGAAAAAAAUGCCGGAAAGUUUGAGCUUCCGGAAUUACAGUGAAUCAAACUUUACGUAAACAAUUAUAGGAAGGUUAUAAAUUAUAGCAGAUAUCUUUUGCAUAUUGUUAUGAAAAAUGCUGUUGGUUCAGAAAUGGUUUUAUUUAUAAACACUGCUAGAUUUUUUUUAAAGAAAACUAUUCUCUAUGUUAAAAUAUAUAAAUAUGAUGAAACUAGGUAAGCUUUAUUGGACGUACAAGGAAUGGUGUUUUAAGUUUUUAUUGGAAGUGUAAUUUGAGAUUGUCUUUUAAUGUUUGUAAAACGUACUGUGAACUGCUUGUAAGCAAACUUCAUUUAUGAUCUUGAAAAGCCUGUGUUAUUUUACAUGGAAAAAAUCCUUUUUUGGAAAGUUCCAUUGCUAUUUUUCAAAACUAUUUUUGGUGUUUUUACCUGAAUUUUAUGAUAGUUGUAGUUAUCUGGAUUGAAGCUGAAACUUUCCCAAAUUUACAGCGUGAAUGGGCACAAUUGCAAGUCACUUUCAUAAUAAACAUGGAGGACUAUGCUAUGGUACAGCCAAUCACGAAAAAAUAGUUGUGAUAUAAUUUUUUCCCAUUGAAGUAAAGCUGCAAAAAGAUGGGGAAAUUUCAGCUUCAAGGCUUAUUUUUAUGUAUCCUUAAUGUAUCUCGCCUCAGAAAAGUUUAAAAUAGAGGAACCUAUCGGUCACUUUGUUACAUAUAUAUAUUUAUAUAGUAAUUUUUUAAAAACUUUAAUCAUUCAUAUCAAGGGAGCCAUACAACCAUGUGUAUGUGAAGGCCUACAGUACACUAAUAGGGUAUUUAUCACUCAUAUACAUUAUGGUAAUGAAAACAUAUAAAAAUAGAACUAGUUUCUUAUUGUUAACCAUUUAUUUGUUGAUCUGAUUUCCCGGUUUGUCAGACAAUCAGUAACUGUUUUCCUUACAUUGUGAACUCUUUGUAUGGAAAUGUUAUCCCUGUAGGUGUGAAAUUGACCACGAUUUGGAACAUUCCUGGAGGUUGUGUUUAGAAGGGUUAAUUUUGUAAUUGUUACUGACAGAUCUUUAAUUACACUAGAAUCUUUGAAAGUGUUUAUUUCAGCUCAUCCAGCACAAAGUGUAAGUGAAUGAACUUUCUCCAUGACAGGUCUUCUGUUGUCAAUAUUUCCCUUACAGGGCAAAUUGGUAGAUAUAUAUCAUAGUAAAUCCUGAACAGUCAUCUCCUUGAUUUCCCUAUUAGAGCAAGAUUAAGGCCAUCAUCGUACCCAUGCAGUGACCCGGGUCCCUAAGUCGGUGCCAAUGUAACUGGGGUCACUUAUGAAUUGUAUCCACCAGGAGAUGUAUGUGUGACUUCAUUGUUAUGCUAGUCCAGUGCUCUAAGCUGAAGAUAUAAAUUCCCUCCAGCGGAGUCGGAAACAAUCAACUAGAUGGUUUUCACCACUGGGACAUGCAUAUAUAAUCAAAAUAGUGUUUAUAUAUAUUCAUAUCAAAUAUGAAUCACAUAAUCACCCUGUUCUAGUUAAUAAGAAAACAUGUAUCAUUUUUGCCAGUAAGGGGUUGCUUUAGAUAAAAUUAUAUGAUUGUGUAUAUUUUUAUAUGUCAGCUAAAAGCAGAGCAGGAAAUGUUAGUCUUCUGUUAAAUGUGAUUGUAGCUAGUCCUGUUAGUUUUUUAAUAAGCUAGAUCCUUUAAAAUUUGCAGUGUAUUUCUGUGUGUGUUUGUGUAUGUGAUGAGAACAUUACUAAGAGUUUUAUUUGUAAAUACUGUGUAAAGUUUCACAAUUGUCAGGUCCAUUCUAACCAACACAAUCAAAUCACACACUACAUAACAUGUAUUUGAAAACAUAUUAUUGGGGAAGGGAGACAACUCCUAUAGCACACUAAGUAGACUGCAGUAAACAAAGCAAGGAGCCACAAAAAAGAACCGUGCGUUAUUCUUUGCUAUUAAAGAAUCUUAAGAUAAAAAUUAAAAAAAAAAACCUACUUGAAGGUGCUGAUGCUGAAACCUUGCCGUUCAUGUAUCAAUAUACAUUGUAAUUUACAAUGGAACCACUGCAGCAUUCUUUGAUCAUAUGUGACCUGUAUUCCAUUUUGCUAAAACAAUGUAGCUCUUGGUGUAUAGUACUCAGCUUUGUGGUGAUCAUGUUAUCAAUUGAGUACUUAUACUGCUAUUAAUAUAUAAAUAAAGAUGAAGCUAAUGAUAAUAUAAAUAUAUCACAUUAAUUUUAAAGUUCAUAUCGCAAUUCACUAAUUAUUAAAAUUGAUUUUAAAGGAUUUUCAUGUGUAAACCUGCAUCAACAAUAGACGAUGUGCAGUGCAAUGUCAUAAGGUCAUUGUGACCUUGACUCCAAUGUCAAAGGUCAAAUAUGCACACAUUUUUUCAGGAACCUCUUGUCGGGCUACAACUUUUAACCUGUUAAAGAUGUCUUGAUGAAACUUGAAGUAUACUUGCAUCUCCCAUAGAGGAUGUGCAGUGCACUGUCAUUAGAUCAAUUUGUCCUUGAUCCAAAGGUCAAGGGUCAAAUAUCUGCAAAUUCGUUGGGAACAUCUUGUCCGGGGCUGUAACUUUUAAACCAUUAACGACAUCUUGAUGAAACUUGCAGUAUGACGUACUGCACCACCUACAGAUGAUGUGUAGUGUCAUUAGGUCACUGUGGCCUUUACCUCAAAGUUAAAGGUAAAAACAGUAUGAUUGUUUCAAACAUUUAAACGUGUACGCUAAGGUGAUGCCAACGAUCCCUCACUGUGUCUAAUUUGGCUUAAGCUUAGUAUGUAAGUAUAUGAUGGCAUUGUAAACUCCAUCCAAGCAUCAUUUGUGACAAUGGGGUCAGUUUUAAGGACUUCCAUAUUGGUCCCCUUUGGAACAAAUUAGAACUUGUUCAUAUAUGCAUUUUAUGAUUAAGCAGUAGACAGUGUCUCUAAUGAUAAGGUCAAAUAAGUGCUAAGUUAAAGGUAUCCUGAUAAAACUUGCAGUAUAUCUGUAUCAACUACAGCCAAUGUACAGUGCACUGUUGUUAGGUUACUGUGACCUUGACCUUAAGGAAAAAGGACAAAUAAGUGCAAACUUUUCAUGAAUAUCUUGUCCGGGAUGUAACUGUUAGACCUUUUAAGGGGAGACAUCAGUUUUUUGUUCACAAAAAGAAAUCUCUAGUUAUGUUUGAAUUGACCAGUAUGAUGUAAGAUAUUGCUUAGUUUAGACCAGUUUUAAUGCAUACCAGUUGUUGGUCAUUUUACUUGCUUUAGAAAGCCUGUGUGAGUCUAGUCCAUCUGCUGUUGUUAUGAUGUAUAUUGUAUUGCCAUUCAUCGCCAUCUGUUCACUUUUCACAUAUUGAGCUGAAAUAUUACCGGGGCCAAAGUUUGAGACACUAGGAAUGACCAGUGAAUGGUCCUUACAAUUCGAGUUGUUCCCUUUCUGUUUUAUUUAAUGUUUUGUUCCAUUAUCAAGGCAAACAUCAACAAUUUAAACUCCAGGUUUAUUGGAGAAAUUGUAUAUAAAAAGAUGAAAGAACUAUAACAAACAGGGUCAAUUUGAAAUAUCUGAUUUUAAAUAAUAUAUGAUUUUAAAUGUUUAAGUAUCUAAAAUGGCUGCCAUGUUGGUUAUUUUGAGGAUCAUUGUUUGAUCUUGAAUUGAAGCCAUUAGAUAUACCAGGGAACAUCAUUGUUUGGUCCUGGUAGGUUAUAAGUAUAAUGUAGGUGGAUAUCAUUUUAUUUAUAUCUGCAAGUACUAUAUUACAGUAAUUAUCACAGAUGACAGUUAAGGCCCACGUAUGAUUUAAUCUUGCUUGUAACAAGCAUCUCAUUGGCUUAAAAAUUUAUGUUAUCAGCCCAUAAUGUAAAAAAAU